GAAGCUGGGUGACUCUUAAUUGUGUAACGCUCAUUGACGAGUCAGCACAAUGCUGCUGAGAGCGCGGAGGAGGCGCACCGAUCCGAGCCGAGCAGAGCGAUGCAAUGCUCCCAUCGAGGAGAACACAGAUGGACAGCCUGGUUCAGCCGCUCGUCGCCCAGUACCUCGCCAUGGGAUGCCAAUCAAAAGAGAACAACCAAAACGAAAGUUUAACGUCGGACGAAAAGGGAAAGGAUGAAGCGAGGGUGACUCCAGGAUGCUCCAGGUCUGGAGUUUCUCCUCCAGGCCGCCCUCACAGGUUCCACAAACCCAGCCCGGCCCAUCCCGCCCCGGCUAAAUCCAUGAUGUCCCUGGGUCCCCUCACCAAAGGGGGGAGCUGGGAGGAGCUCAUCCAGGCAUGUCUGCAGUCCUUCGACUCCAAUGGUUGUGUGUGUGGGAGCAGCCACCUGUUGAACAUCACCCUGACCAUGCACCGCAUCCACAUCUCCUCCAGUGAUCUGCUGGACAAACUCACCACUCUAUUUAAAAUGGCGAUGGACAACGAGCAGCCGACAGAGUGCCAGAGGAUAUGCUACCUCAUCAGGCAUUGGAUCCAUGAAUUCUGGAUGAUGUUCCGGUUGCACCACAGCUUGACAGACAGCCUGGACCAGUUCCGGGAGCUGAUCCGAGAGCAGGGACAGGAGCAUCUUUGCUCUCUCCUAGAGACCAAAUGGAUAAACGAACGGGACUGGUCGUGGAAGGCCAGCCAGAAGAUCAAAGCUAACAGCAGUAAAAAGAGGAAGGUCUCUCUUCUGUUUGAUCACCUGGAGCCCAGUGAGCUGGCGGAGCAUCUCACCUUCCUGGAAUUCAAGUCCUUCUGCAGGAUAUCAUUUGUAGACUAUCAGAAUUAUAUCCGAAGCUGCUGCAUGAAGGACAUCCCUGCGAUGGAGCGUUCCAUCGCCCUGUGUAACGGUGUCUCCCAGUGGGUUCAGCUGAUGGUGCUGAGCAGGCCGACCGCUCAGCUGAGAGCUGAGGUUUUCACUAAGUUUAUCCACGUGGCACAGAGUCUACAUCUUAUACACAAUUACAACACACUAAUGGCGGUGGUGGGAGGGCUUUGUCACAGCUCGAUCUCUAGACUGAAGGACACCACCUCACAUGUACCCAAUGAGGUCAACAAGGUACUGAAUGAGAUGACAGACCUGCUGUCCUCUUGCAGAAACUAUGACAACUAUAGACAAGCUUACCACAAGUGUACAGGUUUUAAAAUCCCCAUCCUGGGCGUCCACCUGAAAGAUCUGAUUUCGGUCAACGAGGCCAUGUCAGACUAUGUGGAGGACAACAAGGUGAAUGUCCAGAAGCUCCAGGCACUCUACAGCCACAUUCAUGACCUGAUCCAGCUCCAGCAAAUCCCUCCCAGGCUGGACGCUAACAAGGACCUGGUCCAUCUGUUGACGCUGUCCCUGGAUCUGUACUACACUGAGGAUGAGAUCUAUGAACUCUCCUACACCAGGGAACCCAGGAACUGUAAAGCACCUCCAGCCACCCCCUCUAGACCUCCAAUGGUUGUGGACUGGGCCCCAGGAGUGGCUCCCAAACCCGACCCCCGAACCAUCAGCAAACAUGUGCAGAGAAUGGUGGAUUCCGUGUUUAAGAACUACGAUCACGACGAGAACGGCUUCAUCUCUCAAGAGGAAUUUGAGAAAAUUGCAGCUAGCUUUCCGUUUUCCUUCUGUGUCAUGGACAAAGAGAAGGAAGGCCUCAUCAGCAGAGAGGAGAUCACAGCCUAUUUCAUGAGGGCGAGUGUCAUUUGCUCCAAACUGGGUCUUGGCUUUGUCCACAACUUCCAGGAGUUCACUUACAUGAAACCCACUUUCUGUGACAACUGCUCAGGAUUCCUGUGGGGUGUCAUCAAGCAAGGCUACAGAUGCAGAGACUGUGGGAUGAACUGCCACAAGCUGUGCAAGGACCAGGUGGCGUUUGAGUGCAAGAAGAACGCCAAAGUGGCCAACGCCAUCGACAGUCCGACGCCGAGCUCCACGCCUGUCACCAUGGGCACCUCAGAGGGUUCAGAAGAAUGUCCUUUCCCCUACCCGCCUGAUGACUGGAGCCCAGACUCCCCAGUCGUCUCCUAUGUGAGGCCUCGGAGGGUCCAUAGCGGCACCCAGACAGACGAACCCCAUCUUUCCUCUGCAUCCCCCGAGGCCAGCCGCCCUCAGCCCUCUCUGCUGGUCCCGGCAGCGCCCAGCCUCCCCUCGUGUCCCAGCCCGGUGCCCCAGAGAAAACAGCGACACUGUGCCAAGUGGGAGAACAGAGCGUCUGUUGCGCAAAAGCCUAAAGAGCCAGAAGAGGAGAACAAACCCAACUAUGAAUCUCUGGAAUCAGAUAACCAGAGGCUCCAGAAAGCCAACGAGACACUACGUAGGAAGCUGAAGGAGGCAGAGCGGGAGGUGGAGAUACUAAAGACACUGCUAAAGAGGCAUGCUCUCCACCCUGUGGAGGAGGACUCCUCCUCCUAGACACACACACAUACACUGGACCUCCUCUAAGGAGACUGGUGCUGCCACCCUAUGGCAGCAUGUAUAAAUCUGGAUCCAAUGAGUUAUUCGUCAUGAACAGUGCAAGUAUUUGAAUGUAUAACGUGGGAUACAAAGCACAUAGCCAGUCAGAUGCUAAUGGUACACAAUCAAUCAAAAAAAGCCAAUCAGUAUGUUACCAUUAAGGACAUUGUUGAGGUGUGUAUGGAUUUUUUGGAACCAGCUACAGGACGGAAAAUACAGUUAAAAAUACAUUUAAAGAAGUGAGCAGAAGGAGCCCCUUUACUGUGUUGUACAGUUCACAGAGAAUUGAAAUCGUUGCAAUGAGCAUUACUCACUUUCUUUAGUGAACCAUUAAGAGUAGUUGGAGUUGGAAAGGAGUUCCCUGUUAAAGGUAAAGAUUAAAAAAAUAUUGGAUGAGGGAGUGCAGUGCUUUAGCUUGAAAAUAGGGCAGAAUGUGUUUGAUUAAUUCUUGAUUAAUAACGAGACUAGAUAUUUAUGUUAAACAUAAAAUGGAAAUCAGACAAGAAGUUUUUAGUGUAUAUCGAAGGUGCAUCAUUAUUAAUAUUAUUAUUAUUAUUAUUAUUAUUAAAGACGAGGGCCCACUGAUGAUAGCAGCAGAAUGAAGGUUGGAUGUUGGAUGUACAGAAGUGUUGCUCUGCAUCAUUGUCCCUGUUCAUAGUCAGUGCUUCUGUUAAUAUUUAUUGUCUCAAACACUACACAGGUCAUAUAGAGAGUGACAGAUGUGAACAUUUUGUACAGCGUACUGGUACUUUCAGUGAAUUAUUUAUGCUUGUGUGCAUCAUAUUGAUACUUUUUAUUUUCACUGUGCAGCCGUGUCAUGUUAUUAUUGUGCGGUCUAUUGCAGCAGUGUUGUACUGUGAGUCAAGCUACAUGUGUUUGUAAUUUAAAUACAAAGUAUACACAGUGCCAUCUUAAUUAAGUCAUCCUUUCUCUCAGUAUUGUUCUCUUAUUGUUAUAAUAAAUACUGUAUUCUAUAUAAAAA